AGAGCAACAGGUCUAACAGUGAAAGCCAUGGCGGUAUUCCGGAUGAGGAAUCUGCACAAACGGAAAUACACGCUCUUUUGCCUGGUUAUUGGUUGCUUCAUCAUCUAUAAGUGUCUAGGCUUCUUUUCCAGCACGCCACAAACCGGCUGGAAGAGGAGCAGAAAGGUGGGCCUGAGGGCCAAUUCUUCACAGUUCACCCUGGAGCGAGAACCCUUCCGCAUCCUUGGGGGAUCUGUUCACUAUUUCCGUGUGCCAAGGGCGUACUGGAGGGACCGGCUGAUGAAGAUGAAAGCCUGUGGGAUCAACACCCUCACCACAUAUGUUCCAUGGAGUCUUCACCAGCCAGAGAAGGGGGUUUUCAACUUUCACACACAGCUGGAUUUAGAAUCGUACCUUUCUCUGGCAGCUGAGCUUGGGUUGUGGGUUAUUCUACGUCCUGGGCCAUACAUUUCUGCGGAUAUGGACCUGGGUGGACUGCCAAGCUGGCUCCUUAGAGAUGACAGCAUGAGACUAAGGACAACUCACCCAGGCUUCACUCAGGCUGUUAACACUUUCUUCGACAAACUUAUACCGAAAAUGGUUCCACUACAGUUCAAGAAAGGAGGUCCCAUCAUUGCAGUGCAGGUUGAAAAUGAAUAUGGAUCCUUUGCAAAGGAUCAAGGCUAUUUGUUAUUUAUUAAAGAGGCUUUACAGUCCAGAGGAAUCAGUGAGCUCCUGCUCACAUCAGAUAACAUCAACACAUUGAAAUCAGGGGGUGUUGAUGGAGUUAUCCGAUCAGUAAAGCUGCAGAAGCUGACUCAGAGAAACAUCCAGGAACUACACGGCAUCCAGCCCAGAGGUCCUUCCAUAGUGAUGGAAUACUGGACAGGCUGGUAUGAUACAUGGGGAGGCCUUCACCAUGUCCUGCCUCCAGAAGAUAUGGUGUCCAAUGUGAGGGAAAUUCUGAGAAGAGGUAUGUCUGUCAACCUGUACAUGUUCCAUGGAGGCUCCAGCUUUGGUUUCAUGAAUGGAGCAGUCUCUAACCCCUCCUACAGAGCGUUGGUCCCCAGCUAUGAUUAUGAUGCUCCCUUAUCUGAAGCUGGGGAAUACACCCCUAAAUUUCAUCUCCUAAGGGAUUUAUUUUCUCAAUACAACACAAGAGGAGACAGCCUUCCAGACAUGCCGACACUGAGAUACAGGGAGGCGUAUGAACCUGCCAUUAUGUACCAACAUCUGUCAUUAUGGGAUGCCUUAAGCUUUGCUGAGGGUCCCUUCAAGUCGACCAAGCCAAUAAACAUGGAAAAUCUGCCAGCAAACAAUGGCAAUGGCCAGUCAUAUGGCUACACACUGUAUGUGACCACCAUCACCAGUGGAGGGUCAUUACACUCGGGUGACAAUGUUCGAGACCGUGCCCUGGUGUUUGUAGACAGAAGAUAUAUUGGCGUUUUCAAUCAUCAGAACCUUGAGCUGGCUGUUCCGGAUGCUAAGGAAAAACGUACCUUGAGCUUCCUGGUGGAAAACUGUGGACGAGUUCACAGUGGAAGGGACCUUGACAAACAACACAAAGGUCUAGUAGGGGAAAUUUUAUUUAACCAUAUUCCCUUGCGUGACUUUACAAUAUACAGUCUGGAUAUGAAACCCAGCUUUAUUGACAGUCUUUAUCAGGCACCUUGGAAAAAUCUACCAGAAAAUCCUAGUUUUCCUGGAUUUUUCAUGGGGAGGCUGUUUGCAUAUGGCUAUCCGAGUGACACAUUUGUGAAGCUGCCAGGCUGGGAAAAAGGAGUUGUGUUUAUAAAUGGCCUAAAUCUCGGUCGCUACUGGUCAAUCGGUCCUCAGCAGGCUCUCUACCUCCCUGGACCCUUUCUCAACAGUGGAAUAAACCAGGUCAUUGUGUUUGAGGAGCAAGAGGGAGACUACAAGGUCCACUUUGAGGAUUCACCUGACCUGGGCAUGGCAGCAGAAAUCCAGUGACAACCAUCAAUAUGAGAAAUAAUCUUUUGUGCAAUUACUAUUUAUUAUUCUAUUUCUACUGAAUGUUUUUUUUUUUUACUGGGAUCCUAUAUAAAUAAAGAUUAAA